AUGGAGCGCGCGGCGCGCUCGCCGCAGUCCCGCCACCGCAAGCGCCGGCUGCUGGAGGCCACGCAGCACGCGUCGCCGCCCUCGGAGCGUCUGCUGGUCGUGGGCCUGGCGGCGCGGGUGGCGGCCGGCCCCAACGCGGACGACGCCGACGUCGUUAACGCCUGCGUGCGCGUGCUGCGCAACGCCAAGAACUGCGUCUACCUGCGGGCGCUUGCGGCGAGAGCGCUUGGGCUGCUGAUGCUGGAGAGUCGAGCGCUGGCCGACCGACUGCGACUCGAGACGGAAGGGCUGGUGGACGCACUGCUGCAGGUCGUGGGCUACUGCAGACGUAGCAGGACGCAGACGGCGGACACGAGACGCGUGCACGUCAACUGCUGCCUCGUCAUCUCGCUGUUGAUGCAAGCGCCGUCACAGCAGCACCACCUGCAGCUGGUGGUCUCGCUGGACUCGGAGCUGCUGGUGCUGCAGCCGCAGCCUGUCGAGCGAGAGAGUGCGAACCUCCUCCUUACAGCUGCAGGUCGACCGGAGAGCGGUGACACCUCCCGGCAGUUCAGCGAUGACGCGGCUGUAUUUGCACCGAACUAUGUUGAACGUGUUCUCGAUACGAAAAAGAAGACGAAGAAGAAGAGAAGGAGACAGGCAGCCAGCGGGCCGCCAUCACCAACUCGAGCCGCAGGGAGCACGAACCAGCAGUCCCCACCGCGACAACACCGCCCCGCGGUAGCGUGGGGUGAGCGCGGGGGUGAUACAGACGAAGUUUUGUCAGCUAGUGGUCCUCCUGGUAGCAGCACUGGCAAACGUAGAGUGGGACGGGGUGCUGCUGACAACCUUGCUGCUGAUGUUGCCAGGAGGGAGACCCCCAGUCGGAUCUUCAAGAUGGAGCGCUAUCGCGUGGUCACGCCGAUAUUCCCUCGCCAGUACAUGCUGGAUCCUCCACUGUCUCCGCUUCCGCUUAUCCAGCCGACCGGGGGUCAUCGCAUGUCUGGUGGAGAGCUGGAAUCGGAGCAACGAGACCAAGAAAGUGACACCCAAGACGUCAAGCAAGCAACUGCACCUCCAACUCAUCCUGCUUCAGACACGCUAUUGCUCCCGAAGCACAUGCUCGAGAUAUUUCGCACUCGUCGAAUGCCCAUUGCGUCUCCGGCAUAUUUUCAGCAGCAUCUUCGAGACAGCGAGGGCGUCGAUUCAAGUGCCAAAGGUGAGAGACGAGUAAGUUCCAGUCGGCUUCAAGUGACCAAGUGGGAUCAAUGGAGUAAGGCGCACCGAUACGAUGAAGAUGAAAGCGAGCGAGAUGCAAUGACUGCUGUGGCUACGGCAUCAAAAUCACGUCCUCUUCCUGGUGAAGCUGCUGCCACGAGUGAGAAGACAGUAGAUGCAACUGCGGCACCGACCGAUGAGCUAGAGCCAAUGACACCUGCGGUCAAGCGGCAACGGCUGAGGGAAAUCCUUAGCUCUCCGGUGGAACCUAACGAGCACAAUGUGCGCCAACUGCGAGCGCUAGCCCAGCGUGUCAACACUUCAGUCAUGACGUCGCUUGGGUCUGAGAUAACGCGAGUGACGCAUCAAGAGCAGCAGACACGGCAAGCAAUGCAUUCGAUGAUCCAGCAAGAGCGCGAACGGCUUCCGCUAAAGUUUUCGUUUCAGCUUCCCGGGGGUGCUGCGUACUGUCGACACCGUAUGAGGCGCGCUAUGGCGCUCUGGAUCCUAGAAUUUGAGGACAACCAGCGCCGCAUGGCACUCAUGCAGUGGAAAGCUGUUGUGGAGCACGCGCGUUUUCUCGAGCGUGGACAGGAGUAUCACCGUCAAGCAACCAAAAGACGCCUCAAAGUCGCGAUCGAGUACGUUCUGCGCAGUUAUCAACAGCAAGGACUUCGAAAAUGGGUCGAGACUACUCAAGAGCUUAUUUGGCGUGACCGUGAUACUGCUGUACGACUCAUUCAAGUUGAGAUCCGAAGGCACUUGGGUCGAGAGCGCUUCUUGGCAAUGCACCGCCAACACCCUUUUGCUAGUCCCGUAUUGCGCGAUAUCUAUCUCGCCCCGGCUCACCCUGAUCUCCCGUUUCGUAUUCCGAGUGAGGUCCGUGAGCACAGACGGAUGUUGUGGCGAGCAGCCGAGCUUGUGCAAAGUGCAUACCGUUACCGUCGCUUCCGAGUAGCACUCGCGCGCUACCGUGCUGCAGCCAUCCGAAUUCAAGCACUGCAGCGUAUGCGUGCGGCUCGCAUACAUUAUCACCGAGUGCGGAGACAAAUAAUUCUGGUGCAGUCGCUGGCUCGUAUGCGUGUUUGCCGUGACGCGUUCCUAACCCUUCGGAACGCAGCGAUGCUUGUCCAAGCCGUGUUUCGGACUGUGCGACUGCGGCGUUUGCGGCGCUUGGUACUGUGUGCGCAGCGAAAAGAAAGUGAACGUCUGCUGUCAAGUAUUGUGCUACUGCAGCGAAUCGCGCGAGGCUUCCUCGGAAGGAUCACCACUCGUGAGCUUCGCCUUAUUCGGGACCAGGAGUGGCACGCAGCACUUAUCUUUCAGCGUUGCUGGUACAGGCGUAAUAACGAGUGGUCUACGUUUUUGCUGCUUGGGUGUCUACGCGAAAAGGAGAAUGAGGAACGAGAGUUUGACGCCCAGGUGCUUGCCUUCAAGCACAACCACAUGGCUCGUGUGAUUCGCUGCGCGUGGCUGUCGUAUUUGGCUAUGAAGCGAAACAAAGCUGCUGCAUUCAUUCAGCGAAAUGUUCGUCGACAUUAUGCACAGCAGCAAGUCCGGCUCAUGCGCCGCCAAAAAGUGGCUCAUCGGCGGAUCAAGUGGUUCUUCCGUGUCCAUCACGCUAACCGCAUUCGGACGGCCAGAUACUUGCAAUUCUGGUGGCUUAAGGCUGUUCCAGGAAGGCUACGGAGGCAUUUAUUUGUUCGCCGUAUCACGGAGGAACGGGAGGAGAGACGUCGCCAAUUCGAGCGAGAAGAUAGUGCUUCAUCCCGAGUUCAAGCUCUUGUGCGGGGUCGUAUGGGACGAAAGAUUGCAAAGCGCGAGCGCUCUGCACGCUCCAUCCAGCGGGCGAUUCGUAUUCAUCUUAUGCGGAAACACUUUCGGGAGGAGAUGGCUCGCAUUACAGCUCUGGUUUCCCACCAGACUGCGGAUGACUGCAUUCGUGCGGCGACGCAUAACGUGCUCGAGGCUACGAUGCAGCUGUAUAACGCUUCGGCGUCCGAGAUUCAGCGUAUUUUCCGUGGUGCCAAUUGCCGAAUGCGCGUGAUGAGGAACAUUGUUUACGUGGAGUUGCGCUCACGCAUGGCAGUACGAAUUCAGCUCAAGUGGCGGCAGAAUGCCCACCAACGAGCCGCGCAGAAGUUACUGCGAGCCCAAAAGCGCAAGCAAACGAACCCGUUUCGCACGGACUGUUGCCUGGGUGUAAUAAUUGAGAAGAUGUUAUCGUUCUCGACCGUAUUUUACGACCCAGACGACGAACUUCGCGGGAUGUCCGUGCAAGAAUGGCUACGGCGGCUUGGCCUCAGUCCAAAGUACAGUGAGGUGUUCCAGAAAAAUCGCUGGAUUGCUUCCGCUGAUCCCGUCCACGCGCUACAGCGGCUUCGGGAUCUCGACCACGAGGCGUGCGAGGAGCAGCUUGAAUGUAUUGGAGUUCACGACGCUAAGGACAUGCAGAUGAUGCUAACUAACCUGUUCGCCUACAAGACGAUUCAGGAAACGAAGAGGCAGCGUAGAUCACUGGUAGUGGCCCGAGAGAAGCAGGCACUGCUCAAACGCAACUGUGAUUUCGCGCAGAAGCAUCUGCAAGCAUGCGUUGAUGCGCAGCAGAAGUACGAGGACGCGCUGGAAGACGUACUCCAGGAAGCGAAAGAGUUCCGCAACCCGCCUAAAGCUGUGCGCGACAAGCAAGCUGCUUGCACCCGCGAGCUUGAAGAUGCCCUCAAGAAAACUUCCGAAGCCCACGCGAAAUGCGAAUCAUCUGCUAGCAUUCUGGCUGCGCACGUGCGAGAGGUCACUACACAGCAACAAUUGCUCUCGACACGACAAGAGCCGAAGGAGAUCUCUGCAGUACACAGCUUGCGCAGUCUCCGGCUCGUAGACCAGCUCAACGUGGCUCGGGAAAUGUUCCUUGAACGGUUUCCCGGCUUGGACGCGCGUGCACUUGCUUUUGCUGGAGCUGUCGAGGAGAACCAAGUCACGCGGUGGCAGCUGCAGCACUUUUUCGACGCGAAUACUACGAUAUCCGAGGUGAAACUCAACAUGAAGGAGCUGACGUUCUUCGCCUUCGAAACGGAGGUGAAAAGGCAUGAUCAUGCGAGGUUUGGCCAGUGCAUGGACAUUUUGCAAUAUGGUCACGAGCGACUGUCUGAGCUCCUCGGAAUACCAAUGGAGGUGAUUGUACUCGGCGUUGAGAAUGCGACUUCCUUCGUAGAUGGACAACGCACCUUAGCACACCGGAUGCUGCUUGGGCGUAUUCUGUUAGAUACCGUAAUGGCGUCAAGGAAUGCUCGUGGUAAUCAGGAGAAGGCGCGCGUUUGGCGAGCAGGAGUUGACACAAUUGCCAAGAUGAAUGCAACGGCUACCAAGGUGCAGAGUCUUUGGCGUCGUCGUGCUGGGAACAAAUUGGUGACUGGGUUACGAGUCAAUCGACGCCACCAAGAACUGCGCGAACAGUACCUUACCGAGUUUCACGCUGAUCAUGUUACACCUUUAUGGCAGGCAGAGCGCAAGAAGGAGCAGGAGGCGUUGGACGCUUGGCUGGAGGAAGAGGCUAAGGCACAUCGCAUGCGGCUUCUGUACAAUAUUCUACGCUACCCUUACGUUGAGGAAUGGGACGACGAGACUCAAUCGUACGUGUACGCCAUUUAUUCGCAACAACCGAACAAUAUUGAAGCGGUACCUGGCGGAGAAGAAGAGUUGCAACCACCGGAGCAAGUUCAGGUCAGAUACUAUGUCUUCGAGAAACCUACGUACUCAAUUGAGGAAGAAGACAAGGUCAUCCGUAUUCAAGCCCAAACACGCCGGUUUCUAGCUCAGCGUCGUCUCCAAGAGCUGCAACGAGUGCAGCGACGCCAACGACAGCGUCAAGUUCUUGAGGCUGAGUGGGAUAACUCUCGCCAAGAGCGAACGCAGCUGGUCACGCUUAAAUUCCAGAUUCAGUGUAAGGGCAACUCGCACGUGAACGCCUGGCUGAGUGGACGAUUGAAGUCAAAAGCUCACGCACCUUCAAACAGUAGCGCGAAAUCUCCAGCAAAGCGCGAUGCCAGUAGCAAGAAGCUUAUCGUGGCUCCGGCAGAAGGACGCGUCAAGUCGCCUACGAAGAAAAGCGGAGGGCAGAGAGAAGAGAGCACUAAGGACGCUCCGACCGACGCUGCAAUAGAACAGCGCCGGGCUCGAUUGCACGGUACGCUUAAUGCAGUCGUUGACCUACUGACCCCGACCUAUCACAACAGCGUGCGAGCUGAGCAUCGCCGCAAUUGGAGCUUCCCGGUGAACUCGCGUCCGGGCAACGCACAUGGUCGAGCGAUCAUUCGCCUUCUGGAACAGCUCCCAGCUUUCUAUCGGCAAACCGCUCCGGAAUUGCAAGCAUCAACCAGUCUCCGUUACACGAAGAUGGCGUUGCGUUUUGGCUGGGAAGAGGUGUAUCCAACUGGGGUCUCGCCGGUGCAUGCGCCGCGCUCAUAUUUUUUCAACAAGCACACUCACGAGAUAUCCUGGGAGCGGCCCGAUUACUCGUUCGAGGAACAGUUUGCGGCUAUCCGAAUUCAAGCCCUGGCGCGAACUCUCGUGGCGAUCAAUGAGCGUGAAAGGGAAGUCGCAGCUAUCGCUUUCGUGGCCACCAUUCAGGACGCUCUUAAACGAGCAACACGAGUCGGUUGGGUUGGUUAUGCACUGGAGGGUAUGACAUCCGCAGUGUUCUUGAGCAGAUUCGGGCUCACCAAGUACGUGGCCUCCCCUCUAGGGAAAAUUCCGCUACCUGAGCUAUUGGACAAAGUGUCGUCCGAGCAGAAGGCGAAAGGCCUCGGUUGGAGCAAGGAAGAAGCUGCAUUGGUGCCCAUGUUCCCAAGAAUUCGAGCCCGCCGAUUCCCGCAGAGCUACGCGAGGGAGACGACAGUCUCUGCCAGCAUCAAACAUCCCUUCAAUAUUCUACCGACCGAACGCGUGAUCUCCCAGCUCGUCACGCACAGUUAUCCGAACCAACAGGGGCGUGUAGCUGGUCUGAUCCGUGCGCUGCGCAGUUCAACGACUCCGAUUUCGUACCGAAUGCUGGAAAUGCACCUUCGUCGAUACGCGGGUCGCCCCGACGACGCGAUAGCCAACGUUGGCGAGAUCGCUUCGCUAGCGUUUGCGACCCGAAAGCCUCAGGAGAGAUCAAUUUUCGUGGCUUACCGUCGCUGUGCUGAGCGCUGUGUAGUAUACGCUGCAAAUUUGAAGCUUUCAACACUCCAGAGGGAACUGUCAGCGGUGUUGCGAAUGCCACGACGACUGUUAUCGUCUUCUGAAUUGACAGCCGAGGGAAGUUCCCAGCUUUCUGUCAAAGACGACGACGUACUGGGGAGUGCCAAUACGGCCGCUGCUAUACCUGUCGUCCCAAUAUCCCCUGAAGAGGAAGAGCGAUGGCUGAAGGAAGCUUUGUCUCGUUACCCGCGGUGUACAGUCAAAGGCCUCUGGGAGAAUGAGGCACAAAAGCCGUUCUCAUAUGCCCAGAUGGCUCUCUAUCUCCGGGAAGAAGCGCUCGAGCGUGUGCUUGCUUGGGAGCGCACCGCUCUACUGUGUCAGACAAUCUUCCGGAUGAUCCGAGUACGCCGAUGGUACAUCGCUACACAGCGAGCUCGCGCGUACGCUGCGAUGACGAUUCAGUGUGCGUGGCGGUCGUUGGGAGCUCGAGAAGUUCGAGCGCUGCUGGAGUCUCAACAGCAAUCACCUUACGAGCAACGUCUAGACAAGCGCACGGGCACCUUCUACUUCGUGUACAUCCCUACGGACGAGAAGUUACUUGAGGAACCCCGCGACGAAGUGACCGGAGGAAUUCUGCCGUUCCGUCCCAUGAUCCAAGACCGACUCACGAAAAGGUGGAUGCUCGCGUGGCCGCACUACAAGCCAGCUUCUCAACGCCCGCGUACAUCAAAGUCGGGGCCUGGCGCUGAGACGCCUUGGGUUGCUUGCAGUAUCUGCACCGCAGAGCGCGCAGCUCGCCGCUGCAAUGAAUGCUACUCACCUAACGGCGACUACGUGGAUUUCUGCCUCGCGUGCUUCUACGACCGUCACUUCCCCACCGCUGCGGCGAACCCUCCAGAGGACCUCAGUUGGCACACGUAUACAGCAUUGAAUACCCUGAGCACGCCGUUCUUCCGCUGUGUCGAGUGCUCCAGACCGUCGACUCUCCGCUGCUUGCCUUGCAACGAGCACUACUGUGAGCGUUGCUUCACGCGUGUUCACGCUCGAGGCAAGACCCGCUCAUCCCACGCCCGUGAAUGGUACGCAGCCCAAGCUGCGGCAUGUGUCGAGUGCGAGAUGAGGGUGGCUUGUCAGCGAUGUCUUACCUGCCAGGAUGCACUCUGCGAGACAUGCAUGGCGCGUACGCACGCUCGCGGCCGGCGCGCCGACGGUAAGACGCACGCGGUGGAGCUACUCGCCCAACCUCUUGAGCCCGGUGAAGUUUACUGCGAGCAAUGUCACGCGCGUAGUGGCGAUGAACGCUGUGAGUUCUGUGCCCAGACGCUCUGUGCUGUGUGCCACUGGAGUUCCACGUCGUCUAGCGGAGUGCGAAGCAGUCGGCAUGCACUGGUGUGCGUUGAGACGGCUCUGGCUGAAAAGCGACGAGAACUGCUAGGAGAUCGAGGACUUUGCGUGGAAUGUGGCAAAGCUGCCGACCGUGAGUGCGCCACCUGCGGUGAUCGAUACUGCAGCGUGCGCUGGAUGGGGAACCCGGGGUGCUUUGAGCGUUUCCACAGCAAAGGCAAGCGUUCCGACCACACGUUCACGAUGGUGGAGGUCCCGACUGAAAUGCCGCAGGAGAUCCUCGCGCUUGAGGAGCAAAUCCGAGUUAAACGGCGACGAGAUGCUGAGAUGGCUGAGCAGGAGGCCAAGCGAAUGGCAGCAGCAUUGCUGGGAGAAGAGGGGGCUGCAGUGAAGAAAAAAGCUGCCAAGACGCGGCAAAAGAAGCCAAAGAAAAGCAAAAGCAAGAAGCGCCUGGCAGUGGACGCGCCUGAGGGCAAGAAGAUCUGUGCUGUCCCGCAGUGUCGACGCCGCGCACUUGUCCUCGGCGUCCCCGGCGUAUCAUUCUGUCCCGAACACUUCACGCUUCAGCACGCGCUUGAAGUCGCUGGGAAGGAUCCACUAGAGGCAGCAAAGCUGCUGGCACUGGUCGAGAACGGUGGUGGGCGAGUGUUGAAGAGCCAAAAGUCUGGCUGGCAGGGACUGCUCCCGAGCAGGCUUUUUCCUCGUCGACGUGGCAAUCGCAAAGGCUCCGCUACUUCGCAGAAGGUUAAGGAGACCCCGUCGAGCACCCAGGCGGAGUCCUCGGCCGCUUCAACAACUUAA